AUGGCGGGAGUUGCGAUUGCGAUUACAUUGAUUGGCGGUGCAGCGGGAAGUGGAGCUGGGGGAGAAAUCAUAAAGAAAAUCGGGGGAAACUAUGAACACUACUACGCUGAACUUGGUUCUGGAAUCGCAGUGAUGGUCGUCCGAUUAAUAGUGUGUCUAUUAUUCUUCAUGGGGAAGCCACCAUGUGGUAAAUUGCUUUGGUAUCAUUAUGUGGAGUUGGCAACGCUUGGUGGAACAUUGGUAACCGUUGGCGGUGUAGAUAGGGCCCUUCUGAAAGAUAUAAUCGAAAAGAAGUCUCAAGCAACAGCAUCUGCCGUGGUUCGAACCAUAUCAGGCAUUUCAAGCAGUGUAAUUCUCUUCCAGGUUUCUGCGUAUUUGACCGAGAAGGUUUUCGGUUACGUCCCGUCUAGAGAAUCGUUUGAAGCCAUGGCUGCGGAAGUUAAAGAAAAAAAUGCCGAAGCCCUGAGGAAAUCCAUGAUGUACAUUAUUUUGGCAGGCACACUGCUCAACACAGUUUGCUAUUGCGCGCUGUUCGGUACGUAUGAACAUGAUAGAAAAACUAAAAAUGGUGGCAACGCGCAACAAACAAACCAAUGA